AUGCUAUUCCAAAACAUCCUCUUCGCUGCUACCAUCGGCCUCGCUGCGGCAGCCUCUCAGCCCACAGGCCAAGAAUGUGGCCGCAAGGUCGCACCCUGCUCCAAAGACGCCGUCUGCAAACCUACCCUCGACAACUGCAAGGACAUCAACAAGUGCCCCGGAACGUGCUACUUUAAGAACGAAUACCAGUCAUGUGGUGGCUUCCGUUCUAAGCCUCCACCACCCUGCAAGAAGAACACGCAUUGUGUUGACGACCCUCGAACACCUGGUGACUGCGGUAUGGCUUGCGACAAGCCUGGUAUCUGUGCGCCCAAGAAGCUACAGAGUUGCGGUGGAUUCCGGGGCCUGAGCUGUCCCAAGGGCCUAUACUGCUACGACGAUCCUAAGGAUAAGUGUGAUCCUAAGAAGGGCGGAGCUGAUUGUCCUGGAAUUUGUCUGUGA